AUGGAUUAUAAUGGCUUUUCUAUUGAGUGUUAAUCAAGUCAACAACUCUGCUAUAAUACUGUGAAAGAUAUGAAGAAGAAGAACUUGGUGAAUACGUUGUGGCAAAUAGUCAACAAAAUGUCUAGGAAGAAAGAGAAAAAGGACAAGUGGAGUGAAAGCAACGUGAGUGAGUUCUCGCAAAACAUCAACCGAGGGGCUCUAUCGUGUUUUGCUGAGCUCUGCACAGAAUUGGCUUGCAACAACUAAAUUAAGGAAGUCAAUCUAUCGAGAUGCAACAUCAACAUUUACUAUGCGAUUGAGUUGGCCAAUCUGGUUCAGAAGAAUACCAACAUUUAGGUCUUAGAAUUGGCUGGGUGCAAUCUCAAUUCCUUCUCUUUGAGCUGUAUUUUCAAAUCAAUGAUAGAUCACACAGGCCUUACACGUCUGAACCUAUCAAACAACAAGGGCUUCACCUUUUCUUCAGCCGAGGACUUCUGCAAAUACGUGCUUAAAGGGAAAAACCCUCUAAUUGAAAUCAAUUUGAGUUUUUGCAAUCUUGACAAUGUUUCCUUGUCUCUGAUCCUCCCCAAUCUCAAAUAUUUGAGGUCUCUGAAGCGUUUUAUCAUUUCCUUAGUCAAAUUCAACUCUUCUGAAAGCAUCUUAGCAUUAAGUAGUGCAAUGCUCAAUUACACGGGGAACAAGUCACUUGAUUAUUUAGAUCUAUCGUGGGAUCGCAUUUAGAAUCACGGAUUGGAACUACUGAGAGUGGCUUUGUUCAUGUCAGUUCGACAGAUCAACAUUAGAUCUUUAAAUUUAGAAUACAAUCAAUUGACCCAAGAUUGUAUCGAAUCAUUGGAAGCAAUCCUCUUGAAAUUGAAUAUCGAGGAAAUCAAUUUGUCAAAAAAUAAAAUUUCAGAAUUUCAAAAUCAACAACUCUUGAACAAAAAAAUGACAAGAAUAGACCUUUCACACAACAGAUUCGAGGAAAUUCCAAGUAAUUUCUUCCUGAAUGUCCUUUCGUUAAAUCUCUCAAACAAUUCCAUUAAGACCCAAGGAGCUUAUCAGAUUUCUUAGGUUGUGAGUUCCAAGAAGGUGAUGUGGAUGGAAUUGAAUUUAAAUAACAAUGAGAUCUCAACCUAAGGAUUUGUGUCUCUCAUCUAUGCACUCAAAGAAAAUCAAAGAUUGGUCAGCCUAUCAGUUGCCAACAACAAUAUAAGUGGUGAAGGAAUCCUGGUCUAUGUCUUCAAUCACGAAUAAUUGAAUCUGUAACACUUAGAUCUCUCCUGCAAUAAUCUCAGGUACGAUCUAGUGUACGCCUUAAUUUCAAUGAUGAAAGAAUGUUAACUAAAGACUUUAGUGCUCUCUAAAUUGAGAUAGGAUGAAAAUGAUAUUUGCAGUGGGAGAGAUGAACUAUUUGAGAUCAAAUGCACUAAUCUAAGGAUGCUUGAUCUUUCUGAGAAUAGUUGUAUGAUCUCAUCUCUGCUAAAUUCCUUGUCUCUGCAAUACAAUAGGGUCGAGUACCUAAAUCUAAACGGUUGCUAAAUAAACAAGAGAGCUUUGAUUGAAUCCUUGUCUUGCUUUUUAAAGAGAACACUGAGUCUUUAAACGUUAUUAUUAGCUCGAAAUAAUUUGGGGAGUUUGGAUGAAUAAAGUUUUAAGAUCUUUAAUGAUGGACUCUCAAGUAAUCAAUCUCUUACUCAUUUGGAUUUAUCUACAAACAAACUCAAAAUUAAAAUCCUUAAUCUCAUAUAUGGUUUGGCUAAUUGUCGAUAUUUAAAAUCUUUAAAUAUUAGUAAUAAUUUAAUUUAUGAAACAAGAAACCUAAUUCAUGAUUUCCCAAAAUUAUUUCUAAAUCCAAAUCUCUAAUCAAUAGAUAUAUCUAAGAAUUUAAUAGGAAGUCAAACCUUAUUGCACACUAGAGAAACACUCUUUAAAUAUUAUCGUCCCUUCCCUCAAAUGAACUUAUCAAAACAACAAUUCACUGCCGAUGACUUACACAUAAUCACCCAAAUUAUUUCAGAGUGUCAAUCAAUCAAGAAGUUAGAAUUAUCAGAUAAUGAUUCUCUUGACUACAUGAACAAUGUGAUGACAUACGGAGAGAAUGUCAAGGUGGAAUCCCUAUCAAUAAACAAAAUCCUGUUUCGACAGGACAGCUUCUUGAAUUUGCUCUACACUAUCGAGUUGAAUUUCAGACACAUAAGAUUCUUGGAAAUCUCCAAUACUUUGCUAUUCCAAGAACAACUCAUAUAAUUGUUGUCCUCAAUAAGGUUGAUCAAAAAUUUGGUUGUCAUAAUAUUGGACUAUCAAUCAUUCAAAGAAAAUGACGAACAAGUACUUGAAGCCCUCUACUCUUGUUUGCAUUGUUUCCGCAACCUAAAACACUUCAGUGUCAGAAAAUCCACAUUGAGUAUGCCAUUCUACGUUUUCGUUUCUGAACUGCUGCGAAAAUCUCAAAAGUUACUAGAACUAGACUUAAGUGGUAAUGUGCUGAAUGCGAAUGACUUUCAGAUCUUGUGUGAUGGAUUGUUCGUCAAUAAAAGUGUGACAACUUUGAAUUUUCGAAAUUGCAAGCUUACAGAUGAAUCCUGCUUAUCAUUAGUGCCCUGUCUGCAUUCUCUUUCUCAAAUUAAGAACGUGGACGUCUCUCAGAAUGAGAUUACUUUGGGGUUUCUGCAAUAGAUGGAGUAAAUAUUGGGAGGACAGAGAUGCUCAGUGCAAAACCUAAAGAUAUAGAAUAUUUAAACUUAUUGGGACAUCGAAUAGGUUCCCUCUACCAAUAAAUUCAGUAAUCUCUUUCAUAAUUUAAACAACAUCGACAUUUCAAUGAAUUAUAAAUAAAAUGAGAAUUUCAUUUAGAUAUUGGAUGGAUUCAUAUAGACCAAGAUUCUUUAGAAUGUGCAGGUGUUGAGUGUGAAUAAUUGUGGGAUUAUGGAUGAUUAAUGCAAGAUCUUGGCUAAUUUGAUAGAGGAUAAUGCGAUAAUUCAGGAGGUUUCUUUGAUUGGCAAUAGAGUGACCAGUAGAGGAUUUAAGACUAUUUUCGAUCCCAUUCUAAGGAACAGUAGUUUUUUACAGCAAUUAAAUGUUUCGAAAAACUUUAUCAAGGAUCAAUAUUUCAAUGAGUUGACAUCGGCUUAGAUUAUUCCUCUGAAGCAUUUCAGAAUAUUGAUAAUGGACGGGAAUUUGUUUCAGGGAUUCAGGAAUUCAGGUCUGAUUCCGUUAUUAUAGAAGAAUCCUAAGUUGUAUAUUUAUAAUAAUUGGAUCAAUGUGACUGAAGGCUUUGCCAAACAAAUAGUUGAACAGUAUGUGAUAUUUGUUAAUGAUUAUAAUAUCUCCAAAGGAAUACCAAAAUAUUUGACGUCUCUUAUCAUUAGGGACACUAAGUUGAGUGAUCAAUUUUAUAUUUGGUUUGGAUCCCAAUUCUUUCGAUUACCUUAUUUGGAGUAUAUAGAUUUUAGAGGGAGUUCUGAAUAGAUGACGAGUUUGAGCAAGAUGCAUAUGUAUAUAGACAUAGUUAAUGAGAAUUUUGUGAAUUACAAUCUGAUUGAGGUUUGUUUCGAUCAGAACUAAGACAACGAACCUAAUCAUUUUGACGAUGGAUUGUUUAAGUAUUGGCUGCAAAAUUUAAAGGAUUUCUUACAAAAUAAGAAUCACAUCUCAUUGCAAAAGAUGGGAGUGAUAGUAAAUGACAUAGAGUAAGUGAGAUGGGGUAAAAUAGGCAAAUGGAUUGUUCAUAUCAUCAACACAACCCUCAACUUGAUCUAGACCCAAAGUUACGAUUUCAGAUUUAGCAGUUCAUUGCACAGCUACACACGCAAACAAUUGACAAGAAUACGAAUCAGCAUGAUAGCAGGCACCAUAACUGAAAUCAUAAAGAUCUCUUUGGGAAUAGGUGCCAUUUUGAUGCCUAGCCAAUUGGAUGUAGUUCUCCAGGAGUGUAGAAGCUUGACUCAUUGUUUUGGAAACGAUGUAGGUGCUGCAUUCUACGGAGAAGCCAUCAUCAUAAUAGUGUUGGUCUUGUUUCAAUCUUGCUUUGGCCUUUGGUUUUCAAUUUAAAUCCGAUUGCAUGCCACUCCUGAUUACUGCAUCCAGACUUCUGAUAUGAUUCGAUAUCAGCACUUUAAAUUGGCUCACAAAUCUGAAGUCUGGUUAUAUGUCCUGCAACUCAUCAUAUCAUACAAUUAUUUGUUAGAAUGCAAAAUAAUAGGGACUAUUUUUGAAAUGCUCUCAUCCAUCAACACAAAUCCAUCAAGAGAUUUCGGAGCUCUGAAAUUCGACCUAAUUUUGAUGCUCAGUUUUAUCAUUUCACUCAUCUUAUUCAAGGCUGUCUUCUAGUUAUACAUCACAAUAAAAUCUUUAUUGAUCUUCCUCUAUGCUCCUGUGGCAGAUCAAGCAAAAUUGUUUCAGGCUUGCUUCAUCAAAGUGUAGGCGGAUCAUAUGCUAAAUAUUGAGAGUGUUCUCAAGAAUUACUGUCCUCAAAAUGGCAUAUACAUCAAGGGGAAAUUGUGGAAUUACAAACAGCUUUUUGAACCUAUCCAAGGCCUUUUGGAUUUGGGGCUGUUGAUUUGCAUAGCGGUACUUACCAAACUCAGGAGACAAUUCUUUCUGAUAUUUAAAUUUGAAGAGUUGUACACUACUACUGACAUAAUUAUUUUGAUUUUUCUAUGCAAGUCCUCCAUUAAAAUAGUCAAGCAUUUCUAUUGUGCUCUUAUUUCGAGGCCUCCUUAAUUGAAAGUGUCUGAUCUGAAUGAAGCAUUGCUGAUAAGAAGGUAUCAGAAGAUGGGCAAUUCACUUUAGAUUGUGUAAAAGUAUCCCAAAAUCUCUAUCAAGAAGUUAAGGAUAUCUUCUUCACAAUUAAUUAGUAAGAAGAGCAGCGUUGAUUUCAAGAUGGGAGCCUUCAUUAAAACCAGGAGCGAUCGAAGCAUCGUGAUUCAGAGAGAGAGUUUCAAUGAAAAUGAUGUGGAUUACAUUCCAGAGAGCAUCCAAAUGCCAAUGGGUGCCAUUCAAAAUAAGUCCAUGAAGAAUAUCUAAUUAAAACACUUUUGA